AUGCGGCGAGAGCUAUUCUUGCGCAUCGUUAACGGGUUGUCGGCGCGUUACCCUGACUUCCAACAGCGUUGGGACGCCGCCGGAAAGCCUGGGUUGUCACCUCUACAGAAGUGCACGACUGCAAUUAGGCAGUUGGCAUACGGAGGUUGCGCCGACAUGUUCGACGAAUAUCUUCACGUCGCCGACACAACUGGUCGUGAUUGUCUGAAGAAGUUUUGUAAAGGCGUAAUUGAGACUUUCGGCCCCACCUAUCUGCGGAAGCCGACCGUACAAGAUUGCCAAUUCCUGCUUGAUUUGCACUGGAGGACGCACGGAUUCCCGGGUAUGUUGGGAAGUAUAGAUUGUAUGCAUUGGCAGUGGAAGAACUGUCCGACCGCUUGGAGAGGCCAAUUUACGAGCGGGUACAAGGGCACACACCCAACCAUAAUUCUGGAAGCCGUUGCAGAUCAGCGCCUAUGGAUUUGGCAUGCCUACUUCGGUGUGGCCGGGUCGAACAACGACCUUAAUGUUCUGCAAUCCUCGCCUCUGUUCAACGACCAGUGCCAGGGAAUAGGCCCCUUGGUUAACUUCACCGCGAACGGCAACCAGUAUCAGAUGGGGUAUUACUUGGCGGACGGCAUAUACCCAAAAUGGCCCGUUUUCGUGAAGACAAUUAGUUGUCCAACUGAGGAGAAAAGGAGUUAUUUUGCCCAACGACAAGAGGCGGCGCGAAAGGAUGUGGAGCGGGCUUUCGGUGUGCUCCAAUCGCGUUUUGCAUUGGUCAAAGGUCCGGCGCGAUUCUUCUACAAGGGUGAUCUCACUGAUAUCAUCUACGCCGCUAUCGUAUUGCAUAACAUGAUAGUGGAGAGUGACGAUGAAGAUGUCACCGACGUCCCCGUCGAAGACAUUGCAGGCUCCAGCCACGGUGUCGCUAGAGAGUCCCAUAGGCAGGGUGUACCGCACGGAUUCGCCGACCGUCUUCGGGCAUUUGUUGAUAUGCGCCAAAAAGAGGCCCACAAUCGUCUACAACACGAUAUGGUUGAAGAAAUUUGGGGACAGAGGGGUAGGCGCUAG